AUGAGAUUGAAAGAUUACUACUCUCGAUUGCUCAAUGAAACAUACCCGAGCACAUCACCCAUAGACCCGACACCCCCAACAGCAGGCCCUAUUCCUUAUGUAACACCUGACGAAGUAUACGCAGCCGUCAAAGCUAUGGCCAACAAUAAAGGAUUGGGACCGGGCAAUAUUCCUGCCGAGCUAUGGAAAAAGGUCCCAAGAAACCUAAUCUGGCAGGCACUACGAGCACAUAGCGUAUCCGAAUGCUACAUUGAUAUCGUAAAAGAUAUGUACAAUGAUGUCACAACCAGAGUGAGCUGCCCAGCAGGAUUGAGUGACGAGUUUGAAGUAAAGGUCGGCGUCCACCAGGGGUCAGCUCUGAGCCCCCUUCUCUUUAACAUCGUGAUGAAUUACUUGACCGCCAAGCUGCAACAACCACCGCCGUGGACCCAGCUCUAUGCAGAUGACAUAGUCCUCAUUAGCAAAACAUCUCACGAGAUACAAAAAAUGCUGGAGGACUGGAGAGUUGCUUUAAAGAGUGCAGGUUUACGGAUAAGCCGCCAUAAAACAGAAUAUAUGCACUGUAACUUCACUGAUGCCGAUGUCUCCCACAGAAUAAACACUGGUUGGAUGAAGUGGAAAGACCUAACAGGUGUCUUAUGUGACAAGAGAAUGCCGGUGACCAUUAAGGGAAAAGUUUAUAAAGCGGCAGUCCUUCCGGCCAUAGCAUACGGCGCCGAGUGCUGGGCCCUCAAAAAACAGCUAGAAGAUAAAACUUCACGUCGCCGAGAUGAAAAUGCUGCGCUGGGCCGGUGGUGUCACCUUACUAGACCGCAUCCGUAA